GAGGGAGGGGCGUCCGUCCGUGAGGGCGGCAGCGAUGCUCUCCGCUCCGCGGCGCCGGCGGUGUGGGGCGGGCCCGUCGGGUCCUUGAGGCGGCGCCGAGAGACACCUUCCGCAGCCCCGCCACCCACCACCAUGCCGUGCACCUGCGGGAACUGGCGGCGCUGGAUCCGGCCUCUGGUGGCCACGGUCUACGUCGUGGGGCUGCUGCUGGCCGUGCCGCUCUGCGUGUGGGAGCUGCAGAAGCUGGAGGUUGGAAUCCAUACCAAGGCAUGGUUUAUUGCUGGGAUAUUUUUAUUGAUGACAAUACCAAUAUCUCUUUGGGGAAUAUUGCAACAUUUAGUUCAUUAUACUCAACCUGAAUUACAGAAACCAAUAAUAAGGAUUCUAUGGAUGGUGCCAAUUUACAGCCUAGACAGCUGGAUAGCAUUGAAAUAUCCCAGUAUUGCAAUAUAUGUGGAUACUUGUAGAGAAUGCUAUGAAGCUUAUGUCAUCUAUAACUUCAUGGUCUUCCUUUCAAAUUACCUGACCAAUCGGUAUCCAAAUCUAGUGUUAAUCCUAGAAGCCAAAGAUCAGCAAAGGCAUCUACCACCAUUGUGUUGCUGUCCACCAUGGGCUAUGGGAGAGGUGCUGUUGUUCAGGUGCAAGCUUGGUGUUUUGCAGUAUACAGUGGUCAGACCAUUCACCACUAUUAUUGCUUUAAUAUGUGAAUUGGUUGGUGUAUACGAUGAAGGAAACUUUAGCUUCAAAAAUGCUUGGACCUAUUUGGUUUUUUUCAACAAUAUCUCCCAGCUUUUUGCCAUGUACUGCCUUGUGUUGUUCUAUAAAGUACUGCGGGAAGAACUAAACCCAAUCAAACCUGUAGGGAAAUUUCUGUGUGUAAAGAUGGUGGUUUUUGUUUCUUUUUGGCAAGCUGCACUUAUUGCAUUGUUGGUGAAAGUCGGUGUUAUCUCUGAAACACACACAUGGGAAUGGAAAAGUGUUGAAGCAGUGGCAACUGGUCUACAGGAUUUUAUUAUCUGUGUGGAGAUGUUCUUUGCUGCAAUUGCUCAUCACUACAGUUUUUCCUACAAACCUUAUGUGCAGCAAGCUGAAGAAGGAUCAUGCUUUGAUUCUUUUCUUGCAAUGUGGGAUAUUUCUGAUAUCAGGGCAGAUGUAACUGAACAAGUUCGCAAUGUUGGAAGAACAGUUUUUGGUCAGCCAAGGAAAAUGUUUUUUGGUGAAGAUUAUGAACAGAAUGAACAUACAAGUUUGCUGUCAUCGUCCACCCAGGAUCCAAUUUCUACUGCUUCUUCAAUACCAUCAUCACCUGUGGGCCACUAUCAAGGGUUUGGGCAUACGUUGACUCCAACAAUGCCUCCUGAACCAAUAUCUGAUGUCUUGUGUAAAUCAGCAGAAGACAGUGAGAAUCCUCCAACAGAGAAGCCUCUGGAUGAAAGUUAGACAACUCUUUUCUCAAAUGUUUUGGGAUUUGCCUGGAUGAUGCUCCUAUGUUUGGUUUUUUUGGCCUUGGGGACCUCAUUCUUCCCAGAAGAAUGUCAGCUGCACCAAGCGGCACAUAAAACAAAACAGAUAAUGGCAUUUAAUUUUAAAUGGGGAAUUUAUGAAGUAUCACUGAAAGAGCCUAUUGGUGCCAGUCAUAUAAUUAAAUUAUUACAGUAAAUUGAGUAGCCAAUGCUGCUUGGUUCAAAAACCUGCCUCUGUAAUUGGAGAGAGGUAGAUAGUUUGGGAUGUUGACUCUCCUCUCAAAGUAAUUGCACCAUCCCAGAAUACUGUCUUAUCAGCAUGCCAGAAUUGCUGCCAAGCUGCUGGAGAACUUAGCUGGAGCAGUAAAUGAAAUCAUUCUUUUAACAAUACUGGCAUAUAUGUGCCACAGUCCAGUUAAGCAGAAGUUCUUGGACUUGAGCAUUAUAUGCUGCAUUGGCUCUAAAUUUUGUUGUUAAUGUAUUAAGUGUAUCUUGGCCUUUCACAUACUGGAAGUUGCUCUGGAGGGUAAUAAUCUACUACUGCUUCCUGUUAGCACAGAGAUUACCACUAGAGCAACAGAACUCCUCUCUAGACCCUCCCCAGAUGUGUCACAGGAUUGAAGAAACAGAUUUAGGGGAUGCACGGGGUGAGGUGGGGAAUUCCUGUUGUUUGUGGUAGUUCUUGUUCUAAUAGAACUACUUGAUGAUAAACUGAAUACAACUCAGAGUCUAAAGGCAUUCUAAUUAGGGAGUUAAAAUGAAACAAGGCUUUUUAUUGAAAAACUGAUCAGUGUUCCUGUAUUUUUGUCUCAAAAAACUCAUAGGAUUACCAGUGGUUCAUCAAUUAAUCUGUGCUCCUCUUAUCAUGCGGAUACCAUUUUAAUGCCUACUAUUCUUGAAUUUAUAGUAUAUUUGCCUUCCAAAAAUGUAUCUAGAAUCAAGUAAGCUUUGAAAUACUAAUGCAGAAUGUAACAACUUACUGUUUUAAGGACUUGCACAUCUGGUCAACAAAAGGGACUUGUUACCCAUUCUCACAUUUGUAUCUGCAUUGCAUGCUUGCUGUCUUACCUUCAUAUAAAAUGCUGCAGCAAGGUUUACAUUAAGUGGCAUCUUCAGAGAGAACUCAAGCUAUUUUUAGCAUUCAGGUGCCCUUUACAGGAAUUGAGUUUUUAACUGUUUUGUGGCUGCUACGGUGAACUCAUCCUACAAGUGCUUUUGCAGUACUAGUGUGUUAUGUAAAUACUUGGCCUUAUUCACUAGGCUGCAUAUUUUAUGGAUAAAUUUGGUGUGUCCUUAAAGUGGUUAAAGGGCAAAUCAUUGCCUUUAUUGUACAUAAUCAAAUAAAAUUUUAUUAACUCUUA